AAGAAAAAAAAGAAGAAAAAGAAAUAAUAAUAGGGUGGUGACACGGCGUGUGAAGAUGGAGAAGAAACGUGAUGGGGCUUAUCACUUAUGUCAUGCUUUGGAAGCGCUGCCUGUCCCUUUAAGCCCUUACCGUUACCUUACCGUUAAUCCCGUUCUUAUUUCCGUUGAUACAAACACCAUCAUCGCCCACAACCAUUUCAUUUCCCCCAAACCCCCAAAACAAAAAACCGAAGCUUCUCUCUCAGGCCACCGCCAACGUAACCAGUGACCGGUAACAUCUCCGAUUCAACUCAGUUAUGCUCACACCUUCUUCGCUCCGAGUCCCAGCUCACUCCCCCAACUCAGUUACCCUCCUUUUCGCCGUUGAUUUUGUAGAUCUGAUCUGAACCGUUCGCGGCAUCGCUGAUGUCGCUGCCCGUCGUUUCUGUGUCCUUAAUCGGUGGGUUGAAAAUGUUAUUUAUGUUGUUAUCUUGCAUGGUCUUGUUUGUGGUUGAUUCUGGUACAUAUGGUAAAACACUGGAACUGGAAGCACCUUCAUUGUUGUCUCCAGCUACACCACCUUUGGGUGAUCUGCCACAACCACCAAGUGCCCAUGGGUGGAACCAUUUUGCUGCACCAAUUCCAUCACAUGCCACUUCACAUUUGUUCACUAAAAGGAGAAGAGAAUUAGAACCUCCAGUUACUGGCUUUAAGAAUAUCGCCCCUACUCAUUCCAUUGCUGAUGCAAUUCCUUCUGCUCCCGCUCAGCCCCCAUUGUCCACUUAUGUUUCCAAUUGUUGCAAGCAAGACAUGGUGUUGAAACGAGGCAGUGAGAGUUGUCACUGUGCUUAUCCCAUAAAGCUAGACCUUCUACUUUUGAAUGUCUCUCAAAACCCCAACUUGAAUGUUUUUCUUGAUGAAUUCGCUACCCAACUUGGCCUGCAGACUACCCAAAUUACGCUGAUUAACUUUUAUUUACUCAGCUUAUCGACAUUGAAUAUAUCGAUGGAUAUCACUCCGCAUAAAGGGAUCAGUUUCUCUGCCGAUGAAGCGUCUAAAAUAAACUCCUCGCUCUUGCUGCAUAAGGUUCAACUAGACCGUAGAUUCGUGGGUGACUACAAGGUCCUCAAUAUAACCUGGUUUAAAGCUCCACCUCCUUCUCCAGCUCCUACUAUUGCCACAUCACCUGUUAUAACUCCACAGAGACAAGCACCUACAACUACAUCAUCAAGUACUUCAGACAGGGGAAGGCAUUCAAAUUUGCUUCUUAUUCUUGGAAUUGUUACUGGCGUACUCUUCAUUUCCAUUGUAUGUGUACUUGUACUUUGCUUAUGCACGUUGCGGCCAAAAACAAAAUCACCUCCCCCAGAAAGUGAAAAACCAAGUAUGGAAAGUGCGGUUCCAGCUAUUGGAUCUCUUCCUCACCCAACCAGUACACGCUUUAUUGCUUAUGAAGAACUUAAAGAAGCAACAAAUAAUUUUGAACCAGCAAGUGUGCUUGGAGAAGGAGGUUUUGGUAGAGUUUUUAAAGGUGUCCUAAAUGAUGGAACUGCUGUUGCAAUUAAGAGGCUUACUAGUGGAGGGCAACAGGGUGACAAAGAGUUUUUGGUUGAGGUUGAGAUGCUUAGUCGGUUGCAUCACCGUAACCUUGUAAAAUUAGUGGGGUACUACAGCAAUCGUGACUCAUCACAAAAUCUACUUUGCUAUGAGCUUGUAUCAAAUGGAAGUUUGGAGGCCUGGCUUCAUGGUCCCCUGGGAAUAAAUUGCCCUUUGGAUUGGGACACCAGAAUGAAGAUUGCCCUUGAUGCUGCUAGAGGACUUGCCUACCUGCAUGAAGAUUCACAGCCCUGUGUUAUACACAGAGAUUUCAAGGCAUCCAACAUAUUGCUUGAGAACAACUUUCAUGCUAAAGUUGCAGAUUUCGGUCUUGCUAAACAGGCACCUGAAGGCAGGGCCAAUUACCUGUCUACUCGUGUCAUGGGCACAUUUGGGUAUGUAGCUCCCGAGUAUGCUAUGACUGGACACCUACUUGUAAAAAGUGAUGUUUAUAGCUAUGGGGUUGUCUUGCUGGAACUGCUGACUGGAAGGAAACCUGUGGAUAUGUCACAGCCAAGUGGACAAGAGAACCUUGUUACUUGGGCCAGACCAAUUCUUAGAGACAAAGACCGGUUGGAAGAACUUGCUGAUCCAAGGCUUGGGGGAAGGUACCCAAAGGAAGAUUUUGUACGUGUUUGCACUAUUGCUGCAGCCUGUGUUGCUCCUGAAGCAAGCCAACGACCUACAAUGGGUGAGGUGGUACAGUCACUUAAAAUGGUGCAGCGGAUCACAGAAUAUCACGAUCCUGUGUUAGCCUCAUCCAAUACGCGGCCCAACCUGAGACAGUCCUCUACUACCUAUGAGUCUGAUAGAACAUCUUCAAUGUUUUCGUCGGGUCCUUACUCUGGUUUAAGUGCCUUUGACUAUGACAACAUUUCAAGGACGGCUGUUUUCUCUGAAGAUCUUCAUGAAGGACGAUGAAAGUGCAUGGAAAAGCAAGCUAACCACAAACAUGCACCCACAGGUUUUCGCACCAUAAUUUAGACAGGUUUUCUUUCCUAUGGCUGAAGGUGGAACCAUUACUAGUGGGAUUUUCUUGCAAGUGAUUUAAGGUUUCUUGGUGGUGGUGUUGGUUACAGAGGGGAUUCUUCUGUGGUCGCUUUUGCCCUCAGUAAACCACCAUCCUGCUUUUCCCUAGGAGACAGUGGUUCCACAUGUGGAUCAAAUUUUGUAUAUAUUUUGCAUUGUAGUUUGUUUUUUCCAGACUGGCUUCAAAAGCCUUUUUAAUUAUAAUUUAUAUAUAUCCGCAUAGCUUCACUGUCAUUAUAUUC